UUUUCUUCCAUGGAAAGCGAUGGACAGGUGGUAAAUCAGAAAUCCACCCAUCAUUACAGUCAGCUUAGUUUAUUACAUAAACACACACACAAGAAAAUUAAAGUUAAAAGUUAGUAUAUUAAUAUGUCCGUAAGUGAGAUAUAAAUGAGAAAAUAGUAUGUAGUGGGGAGUUUUUACCAGGAGAGGGGGCGGGGUUUGAUGAAUCCACGACUUCUCCGAAGAUUGGGGACACGUCGCCAAUGCAAGUAACAGGGACGGCACCAUCCUUUUGACCUCAAUUUCUUGUCUCUUCUUAUACAUCCAGUUUCUCCCAACUGUACAUAUAUAUAUAUACCCAAUCCCACUUACUACUUUCCCUGCGGACCUACAAAUUAUCUCUUCUCGUCUCUUUCUCAUCUCCUCUCCAGAGUAAACUUCCAACUAUAAACCAAUUUCAUCAUUUUUUUGUGGUAUUAUUAUCAAGAAAUAUAUAGGGAUAUGGGAAGGGCUCCUUGCUGCGACAAAAACGGACUCAAGAAAGGGCCUUGGACCCCUGAAGAAGAUCAAAAGCUCAUCGAUUAUAUACAGAAAAAUGGGUAUGGAAACUGGAGAACUCUUCCUAAGAAUGCUGGGCUGCAAAGGUGUGGAAAGAGCUGUCGGCUGCGGUGGACGAAUUAUCUCCGGCCUGACAUCAAGAGAGGACGAUUCUCAUUUGAAGAAGAAGAGACAAUUAUUCAACUCCACAGCAUUCUCGGAAACAAGUGGUCUGCAAUUGCCGCACGGCUCCCUGGAAGAACUGACAAUGAGAUCAAGAACUACUGGAACACGCACAUUAGGAAAAGGCUUCUGCGCAUGGGAAUCGACCCCGUCACUCACAGCCCUCGUCUUGAUCUUCUCGACCUCUCCACAAUCUUAAACUCAUCUCUCUACGCUAAUUCCUCAUCCCAAAUCAGUUUUUCAAGGUUAUUAGGGAUGCAAUCUUUGAUUAAUCCUGAGCUUCUACGCUUAGCCACUUCCCUCUUGUCCUCCUCCCACACCCAAAACCAAGAUUUCCUCGUACAAAACAACCCUCUGAUUAGAGAUAAUCCCCAUGUCUCUAAUCAAAUCUCCCAAUCCUUAAUCCAACCUUGUAUUCAGACACCAGUUCAGGAUUUGACAAUUCCAACUAGUUGUUUGGAUACAACACCUAACUCAUGUACUGUUUCACUUUCUAAUCAUGACCAAGCUCACCCUUUCAUGCAAUACGACAACGUUCAAGAUCUUGAUGCCGGGUUCGGGUCGCAAAAUUGCCAGCUAAAUGAGUGGCAACUGAGCGAUGGAUCAAUGCUUUCUACUCUGACAGAAGACUAUUUGCCGGUAACAAACUAUGGCUAUUACGGGUCGGAUCAUCAAUCCGUGGUGGACCCGGCUCCAUCAUCCGAAGCUUCAACUUUUCAACAAUCCAACAGCAGCAACAAUUUCAGCUUCCAAUCCGUUUUGUCAAAUAUAUCAACUCCGUCAUCAAGUCCAACUCCUCUGCAUUCAAAUUCAACUCACAAUAUUAACAGCAGCAGCACAGAAGACGAAAGGGAAAGUUACUGCAGCAACAUGUUGAAGUUUGAAAUCCCGGACAUCUUGGAUGUUAAUGAUUUCAUGUAAUGAUCAUGAUCACAAACUGUACCAAGUGAUACAAAUUGAGACAUUUUUUUCUUUUUCCUUUUUCUUUCUUCCUUCUUGGUGUAAUCGUGCUGGGCUUUUUCAGGACCCGUACCUCAUGUUAAUUUCUUGUAAAAAUUUCUGUUGGAGUUACAAACUUGUUCCAAAUUCUUCAAAUCCGACAAGACAGCCCCA